CAUGCAUGCUGCACGCGGAGCGCGCCCUUUGUCUAUCUCGCACUUGUGACGAAAGGGGAACCCCACAUCCAGUGCUCUUGCAUAGGCAGUGACGUGUCUGCUGGUCUGAAGCCUCCUCAUUAUGAGACAAUUGAGGGUGAAGCCCCAGCAUCAUCCAUGAAAUGAACAAAGCGCACAGUCUCAAAAAAGCGCAUUUUGUCAAAGAGUUCUAUUUGCCGACGACGAAGGGUUAAAGAGGCGCAGUCGCCACCACUGGUAAGCAGAAGUCAUCAAUGUUGAGCGCACAGACCACUCUCCUCCAGAGCGAUCACAUCUCAUGAACUAUUACGGACAUUACCCUACGUUUUCUUCAACUAGACUACUGGUUUCUCUCUGUUGCUUCCAUCGGGUGCACGGAAACAGGGAAGAAUAAGGCCAGGAUGAGAGAAAAAAGGACGCAACUAUGGCAAAACCAAGGUUCCUUGGCAGGCUGACCGACUCCCCCUCCCCAGAGUCUGCAAUGACAAAUGACAAGAAGUAACCUCUCGUCUUGCAAUUCACCUGAGAGGGUAUCAUUUUUGACAGUUCAAGGGACGUAAACAAACACGGGCUCCUCUCCUUGGAAACUGGAAACUGUCUCGCGAUCCCCCCCAAAUAAAGUGGACGCUCAUUUCUAGAACGCUACUUUUCACUUAAAGGACUGUCCACUUGGUCCAUCUCAUGAAGUUACAAAAACGUAGGUCGGGGAUUACAGUAUUUAUUAUUCUAUGACGAGGACACAGUGAAUGUCGUCCGUUUGUCGGGACUCAUCGACGUAGAGGUCAGCAUCGGCGACCGAAAGUCCAAUAACUCCAGUGGGAUAGCGUUCAGCAAAGAUGCCAGUCCGAAGGGGUCACGUGGCACCACAGAAUACUUUCCUCGAUACCAUCAUUAGGAAAUUCGAUAGUCAAAGUCGUAAGUUCAUCAUUGCCAAUGCCCGGGUGGAGAACUGCGCCAUCAUAUUCUGCAACGAUGGCUUCUGUGCCAUGUGCGGCUACUCGCGGGCUGAGAUCAUGCAGAAGCCCUGCACCUGCAACUUCCUGUACGGCCCUCACACCAAGCGGCUGGCCAUCGCCCAGUUGGCUCAAGCAUUGCUGGGCUCGGAGGAGAGGAAAGUGGAGAUCAACCUCUACAAGAAGGACGGUUUGUGUUUCCUGUGUCUGGUGGAUGUGGUGCCGGUGAAGAACGAAGAUGGCCUGGUGAUCAUGUUCAUCCUCAACUUCCAGGUCAUUUCAGACGACAAACAGCCCAACCAGGACCUCAACCACAAGCUUCCCCCCUGGCUCCCCACAGGCCGGCCGCGUGGCUUCAAGCUCCGUCUGCCCUCACUUCGUUCCCUCAGCAACAGCAAAGCCUCUCUGGACGACCCAGAGACAGGGCGCCUCCCGGCCCCUGGCUACCCCAGCCACAAGUCCCUGGCUCUGGGAGAGUUGCUCUCCCUGCCCACAUUACCUCCGGGGCACAAGAGCUCCAGUAGCGCAGGCAGCAGGAGCAGGCCGGCCCUCCUGUGGCCCGAGGACCAGCGUGGCCUGCUGGGCUCAGAGCCUCCACCAUCCGCCGCCCCCUCCUCGCUGCCCCCCGGCCAGUCGCCAUCCCGCAUCGCCCUCCAGACACUCAACCCGGACGUCUCUCUGUCCAACUGCAGUCUGUCACACAGUCGCUCCCGCGAGAGCUUCUACAGCAUGCGGCGGGCGUCGUCAGUGGAUGACAUCGAGGCCAUGCGGCCGGCGUCAGACCGGAAAUACAGCACAGCCCAUCCCAUCCACAGCAGCACAGGGGCGGUGAACAACAAGUCCAACAUCCUCAACUCCACGUCGGACUCGGACCUCAUGCGUUACCGCACCAUCAGUAAAAUCCCUCAGAUCACCCUGAACUUCGUGGACUUCAGGGCGGACCCCCUGAUCACGCUGCCCGCGGGGGACAUGGACAUCAUAGCCCCCUGCAAGCUCAUCGACCGCACACACCACGUCACCGAUAAAGUCACCCAGGUGCUGUCGCUGGGUGCUGACGUCCUGCCAGAGUACAAGCUCCAGGCCCCUCGCAUCCACAAGUGGACCGUCCUCCACUACAGCCCCUUCAAGGCGGUGUGGGACUGGCUCAUCCUGCUGCUGGUCAUCUACACGGCUAUCUUGACCCCCUACUCCGCCGCCUUCCUCCUCAACGACCACGAGGAGGCGGCUAUGGUGAACUGUGGCUACUCGUGCUCGCCGCUCAACGUGGUCGACCUAAUCGUGGACAUCAUGUUCAUCGUGGACAUCGUCAUUAACUUCAGGACGACGUACGUCAAUACUAACGACGAGGUGGUCAGCGCUCCACUGAGGAUAGCGGUCCAUUACUUCAAGGGCUGGUUCCUCAUCGACAUGGUGGCAGCCAUUCCCUUCGACCUGCUCAUCUACCGCAGCGGAGAGGAGACGACUACUCUGAUAGGCCUGCUGAAGACAGCCCGCCUCUUGCGGCUGGUGCGCGUGGCGAGGAAGCUGGACCGCUACUCGGAGUAUGGCGCCGCCGUCCUCUUCCUGCUCAUGUGUACAUUCGCCCUUAUCGCCCACUGGCUGGCGUGCAUCUGGUACGCCAUCGGCAGCGUGGAGCGCAACGGCAGCAUUGGCUGGCUCCACACGCUGGGCGAGUCUUUGGGGAAACACUACAACGAGACGGUGCAGGGCUCGGGCCCUUCCAUAAAGGACAAGUACGUGACGGCACUCUACUUCACCUUCUCCAGUCUGACCAGCGUGGGCUUUGGCAACGUCUCCCCCAACACCAACUCUGAGAAGAUCUUUUCCAUCUGCGUCAUGCUUAUCGGAUCUCUGAUGUACGCCAGCAUCUUUGGGAACGUGUCGGCCAUCAUCCAGAGGUUGUACUCGGGUACAGCGAGGUACCACACCCAGAUGCUGCGGGUCCGAGAGUUCAUCCGGUUCCACCAGAUCCCAAACCCACUGAGGCAGCGGCUGGAGGAGUACUUCCAACACGCCUGGUCCUACACUAACGGCAUCGACAUGAAUGCUGUGUUGAAGGGGUUCCCAGAGUGUCUCCAGGCUGACAUCUGCCUCCACCUCAACCGUACCCUCCUGGAGAACUGCAAAGCCUUCAAGGGCUCCACUAAGGGCUGCCUGCGAGCCCUGGCCAUGAAGUUCAAGACCACCCACGCCCCGCCCGGCGACACCCUGGUGCACGCCGGCGACGUGCUCACCGCCAUCUACUUCAUCUCCCGCGGCUCCAUCGAGAUCCUCCGAGGCGACGUGGUGGUGGCCAUCUUGGGGAAGAAUGACAUAUUUGGUGAGCCCAUCAACCUUUACGGGCGAGCUGGGAAGUCUAACGCCGAUGUGAGAGCUCUGACCUACUGUGACCUCCAUAAGAUCCACAGAGAGGACGUCCUGGAGGUGUUAAACAUGUACCCCGAGUUCUCCGACCACUUCUGGAUGAACCUGGAGAUAACCUUUAACCUCCGGGAUACCAAUAUGAUUCCUGGCUCUCCAGAAAGUGACAACUCAGACUGUAUAGGAUUCAACAAACUGCGCAGACGCAAACUAUCAUUCCGGCGCCGGACAGAGAAGGAUGAUGCAGAUGCAGGAGAAAUUAAAAAGGAGAGAGACAAUAAACCACUACGGCGGAGACAGAAGGAGGCGGCCAGUAACCAGGGGGAGGGGCCUCUGAGCUCAGUGUCCUCCCACUCCAGUGGCGAUGAAGGGGAGGAGUCUGUGGUCACAUGCCCUGCCCCUCCAUCAGCUCUGCAUGAGAUGUCCCCGGCUCAGGCCACCACCCUGAACUUCAGCGACACUCCCGAGGGGGACGGAGACCCAAAGGGGGGCAACACCUGCAAUGCACUCACAGGAGCAUUUUCAGGGGUGUCCAACAUCUUCAGUUUCUGGGGUGAGAGUCGGGGCAGUCGUGAGUACCAGGAACUGCCGCGCUGCAGCCUGCCCUACCCUCCCCCUCUUAACACGCCCCUCAACAGCAUUGGCCGCAGGCAGCGCACCGAGCUGGAGAACAGACUGGACCUGCUGCAGAAGCAACUCAACAGGCUGGAAACGAGGAUGUCGACAGACAUCGGGGCAAUCAUGCAACUACUACAGCGUCAGAUGGCCCUGGUGCCCCCAGCCUACAGCACUGUGUCGUCUCCCCCUCAGGCCUCACCCUACCCUGGCCCUGGUCAUGGAGAGAGGCUGGUGCAGUCUGAGACACUGGCUUCCCUCUCACAGAUCUCACACCCCCAGGACUUUGAGGAGUUCCCCGGCAAGUUGUGUGACUCUCUCCGCAGCCCUGAUCAGCUGCAUCCCCAGGACUCGCCUCUGGUCAGCCCCACCGAGACACGACGAGACACCACUGGGCUGGGCAGCUUAAUCCUGGACCUGGACCUGGACCUGGGCAGCCUGGAGCUAGAACUAGGGGCUGGGUCAGUGGCAGGGUUGGAGUCAGGGAUGCAGGCAGGUUCAGGGUUGGGGUCAGGGAUGCGGGCAGCCUCAGGGUUGGGGUCAGGGAUGCGGGCAGGUUCAGGGUUGGGGUCAGGGAUGCAGGCAGGUUCAGGGUUGGGGUCAGUGGAAGGAGCGAAUGGCCUGGACCCUGACACCCAGCGAAGGCUCUCUCUACCUGAGCCACAGACGCCCCUGGACUCACAGACACCACAGAGGCACAGCUCCGACCCUGGGGGGAGCUAAGGAGCGGUGAGGGGGAGGGAGGAGAAUAGGGACAGAGAGGGGAGGGGUAGCUCUGUUUUCCCUCUUUCCCAGUCACACAUCUCAUUGGGUCCGUUCCCUCAGUCCAGGUGUAAACAGACACACAUAAGGGGGCGUCCCUUUUCUCCCUUCAGCCUCUAAAACCUCACCUAUAGGCACUGAGUGUGUCUCACCUCUGACCUCUAACCUGAGGAGAAACCUUGUUUGGAGAGGGGGGGAUGUCUCUCUUUUUCAGGGGUCCUUUCCCCUAUCCAGCUCCUAACGUUACCACAGCGUUACCAAACACACACACACACAGAGAGAGAGGAGAGAGAGGAGAGAGGAGAGAGAGAGAGAGAGAGAGAGAGAGAGAGAGAGAGAGAGAGAGAGAGAGAGAGAGAGAGAGAGAGAGAGAGAGAGAGAGAGAGAGAGAGAGAGAGAGAGAGAGAAAAGAACAGCCCUUCUGAACUCAGUCCGGUCCAUUCUGGCCUACAGAGAUGACUACAGACCGCUCAGUCACAUGACUGGUUCUGUUAAGAAACGUCCCUUUACUGCUGUAUCCAGUACUGGAUUACCAUAAUGGGGAGGGGAAAAAACAAUAAUAAUUAUAUAAGUAGCCAUUAUGUCUUGCACUGAAAUUUACAGACAUUCUAUCUAACAUGUCCGUGACGCUUCCGAAAACUGGUUGGCUGGUGGACUGUAGUGUUAGCUGGCCUAACAGAAACUCUGGUGUCCUGUCCUGUCCCCAUCAUUGGCCCCUUUUCCCUAAGGUCCGUAUCCCCGGAGGCGGAGCCAAGGCCCCAAGAGCACACUGGAUUGGCUGGUUUGCACCUCAGGGGUGGGGUUGGAGGAAGGGUUUAAAAGCCAUGACUUCUUUGAUGAACAUAUCAAAUCCCUACCAGAACCUUGUACAGAUUGCUAGAGAGGAGGAGUCUUUGUACAGUUCAAUAUGCAAACACUGGCAAGAGAGGAGUGUUGUAUCCUAUAUCUGUGUUGAUAACAUCAGAUUCAGGUUCCAAAGCUUUUUGCCCUAGUUUUGUCGGUAGUUCACAAAGCAUGGCUUAGUUUCCCCCUCUAACACCUGAAGAAGAAAAUGACCCACAUUUACCCGUCCAAGGAUCUGACUACACAGCAAUACGCAGCCCCAGGAGAGGACACACUUCACACACGUUACAAUGUAGAUCCUCCAUCAUCUCCCCGUGUUGCUGUACUACCACAGGGGUCCUGUCUCACUCCCUCCCCUGUCCUUUCUCUGGGGAGAGUCUCUGCACAUGGUAGUUGAUGGCGACCUACGAUACGCGGGGAACCUGAAGAUUGUAUUUAACCGCUUGCUGGUCUGAGCUUCUUAUUUAUUCAUUGGUUUUAGUCGUUUUAUGUUCUUUGUAGAUUGUACCAAAUAUGAUUUCUCGUUUUGCAGAAAGAAGAUGUACAGUUUAAACUUAUUUGGUGGAGGGAAUUGAAAUCAUAUUUUUUUGUUGUAAAUUUGGACAGGUACUGCUCUCCCCACAUGUGUGUGUUUGUUUUAACAAAUGUUAUGUCAGUACAACCAUUCUAGAUGUUACUUGAGUAAUAUGACUGUUUGACAGGAGUUGCACUUUAUUAUUCUAAUUCUAAUGAUUAUUUACUCUUCAUCAACCCCGACCAGAGAUGUUAGCACUGAUGUCAGUGUUCACCCACUGGGCACAGACAUUAAUUCAACAUCUAUGUUGGUUGAAUGUAAUUUUGUUGACAUGACAACAAAACAACAAUGAAACAACAAUGAUUCAACCCGUGUGUGUCCAGUGAGCAGUAGGCUAAUAUUCUCAUCAGAUCUGAGAAGGGGUGGAGAGAAGGGGUAGAGAGCAGGCAUGAGGUAUAGGGGGUGAGGAGAAGGGUGGAGAGAAGGGGUAGAGAGCAGGCAUGAGGUAUAGGGGGUGAGGAGAAGGGUGGAGAGCUAUUAGCUCCCAGAGUAAGAUUUAAACAGUGAGAGUUAAAGUGAAUCCCAAAGCGGUGAGUAGUGUUUGUGUGUAGUGUGUAUCCUGCACGGUGCAAACACAUUGUAUCUGUAUACAGGGAAGAAUAGAAGCAGGUGAGGUAGCUGGAGGAGGCAAAACAGUGUUUUGAAGUGAUGAGUAAAGAACAUUAAAUUACUAUAUAUAUUUAGCUUGAUAGAAAAAACUGAAUCACUAAGGCAAAGAAAUGACACGCAAGCAGGCACACACACACACACAUGCUAUUAGGCGCACUGUUCACUGUUAAUCACUGUUAGUAAUAUCUUUGCAUGUACAAAGUGCAGUAAAACCUGUGUUAGUGAAUUGGAAGACAGAUAAUGCAUGAGUUGUGCUUUGGGGUAAUGCAUUUUAGUGUUGAACCAAAGCAACUGAAGGGAAGCAAUUACUGUAUUCUGCAUUGAAUUGAAUGGGAACAUUGAUAAAGAGAUGGUUUUUGAUCUAAGGAGGCCAUUUAAGCUGCCUGAGGUUAAAAGCAGAUUCGAUGCGCCGAGACCAAAAGAGCCCUCUUUUCAACUGAGCUUAUUUACUGUGUCCAGUUCCAUCACUGCACUGAGCAUAUUUACUGUGUCCAGUUCCAUCACUGCACUGAGCUUAUUUACUGUGUCCAGUUCCAUCACUGCACUGAGCUUAUUUACUGUGUCCAGUUCCAUCACUGCACUGAGCAUCUUCAAUGGUAGUAAACAGUGACGCAACAAGAUGACAACAAAAAACUACCGUAGGCCAAUAUCUCCCAUUUCUUAAAACCAUUGUUGGGCUCUUGCUGUGUCACUGUUACAACCAUUGAAUAUGC